AUCACGCUUCUACGUUUUCCAGGGAAUCCCAACCCUGAACAACGGCCGAAAAACGCUGGCGCUGCCGCCUCACGACACCAACGGCGGUUGCUGCGAGGUGUGCCUCCCUUGCGACGAGGACGGGAACAUCGCGGGCCUGGCGACCACAUACCCCGCCGGUGACAGAUUGUCCACCGAUAGGUGCAGGACCCUUGCGAUCACGCGACUUUGGCACACGGAUUUCGGCCCUCUCAAAGGGCGAGGGACUUGAAACGUCCGUAGUGCAUGUACUCUCACCUAUGCGUGGCCUGGAUGUGGACGGGGUGUAGCGAGGCGGGGACGUUCAAGUCUGGAGAAUUGGAUCACUGGAAGAUGUUCCCUUUGCUUGCACAUUGUAUGGUGAUCAUGGCGGGCGUCGUUGCCGCCACCUGA